GCAUCAGCUUUCUGUCAGUCCAUUGACAAACCAGACAUCUCGUCAUGAACUUCAACAAGAUCUUCGUCUUCGUGGCCCUCAUCCUGGCCAUCAGCUUGGGAAGUUCGGAGGCUGGCUGGCUCAGAAAGCUGGGAAAGAAAAUUGAACGCAUUGGCCAACAUACUAGGGAUGCCACCAUUCAGGUUAUCGGCGUGGCUCAACAAGCAGCCAAUGUGGCAGCCACCUUUCGGGGUUAAAAAAGCAUCUUGAAAAUACAUAACCCGCCACUUAG